AUGUCAGGAGGAGCGCAGUCCACAGGUGCAGAGGUGGAGAGGAGUUCCACAGGUGCAGAAAACGGGGGGUUAGAGGGGAGAGAGUACAACAAGGUGCACAGACGGGGGAGAGAGUACACAGGUGCAGACGGGGGGAGAGAGUACACAGGUGCAGACGGAGGAGAGGUGUACACAGGUGCAGACGGAGGAGAGAGGUGUCAGGAGGACGAGCGUCCACAGGUGCAAGACGGAGGAGGCAUGGAGAGAGUAACCAGGUGCAGCGGGGGCGAGAGUACACAGGUGCAGACGGGGAGAGAGUACACAGGAGGAGAGCCGUCCACAGGUUGCAGACGGAGGAGAGAGUACACGGUUGCAGACUACGAGUGGGGGGAGAGAGUACACAGGAGCAGAGAGGGGGGGGAGAGUACACAGGUGCAGUCGGGGAGAGAGUACCCACAGGUGCAGAAGGAGGAGGGAGUACACAGGUGCAGGGAGAGUGAGGUGUCAGGGGAGAGAGUAAAGUGA